CUUGCUUACCCGGACCCAGGCCUGAUCUCCCUGUUCGAAGUCUGGGCAUCAUCUAUUUCGCAUCUUCGUCUCUGACGACCAUCUCGCCGUCGUGCAUAUCCAAGGUAUCGUCUCAAGAAUGCGGCUGCUAGGUCUCCUCGUUGCGCCAGCAGUGGUGCUCGCCUUCCAGAUCCCAUUCAAGGUCCCGUUCCUUAAAAACAAACUUGACGACGACACUACCGCUCUUCCAAGGAUAGCAAUCAUCGGUGCUGGCGCUGGUGGAAGUUCUGCUGCCUUCUGGAUCUCCAAGGCAAAGGAGCGUUUCGGACUUGAUCUUGAAGUUGAUGUGUACGAGAGCUCGUCCUACAUCGGCGGCCGCAGCACCGUGGUCUACCCCUAUGACGACCCAAACAGUUAUUCUCCCGUUGAACUUGGGGCAUCCAUCUUCGUUGCCGCCAACAGGAACCUGUGGAGAGCGAGCGAGGAAUUCAACCUUACAAGGAUGCAGUUGGGGGACGACGACGCAAGUAUGGGGGUGUGGGAUGGUAAACAGCUGCUCGUCUCUGUUGGCGGAAGCUGGUGGGAUACGCUCAAACUGGUAUGGAGGUACGGCAUAUUGUCUCCCAAGCGAACCAAAAACAUUGUUGAACAAAUGGUGAAGCAGUUUCUCAAAUUCUACACUGCAGAGUCACCUCGGUGGGACAACAUAGCGGAUUUGGCCUUCUCCCUCGGCUGGACUGAACUUGUGUCUCGGAAUGCGGCAGAUUUCUUGGAAUCACGUCACAUUGGAAAGAAUUAUAUCCGCGAAAUAGUAGAAGCAUCGACCAGAGUGAACUAUGGACAGAAUGUCGAUGCGAUUCACGCUCUUGAAGGUGCGUGCUCCAUGGCUGCCACUGGUGCGGCCUCCAUCCAGGGCGGAAACUAUCAGAUAUUUGAGUCGUUCAUACACGCUUCAAACGCAUCCGUCUAUCUUGAUACAACUGUCAAGGCCAUCACUCGGAAGCCGUAUGUCUCCGCCUCACAGGCAUGGACUGUACAAAGCGAUCACGGAAGCAAGACAUACAAAGUCGUGAUUCUGGCUGCACCUUUCCAUUCGACCGGAAUUACUCUUUCCCCUUCGCUAGCUGCUCAGGUCCCUGAACAACCUUACGUUCAUCUCCACGUUACUCUACUUUCGACGACGUCGCCUUCGAUCGAUCCCGAGUACCUUAAUUUACUCCCCGCAGCUACUCCCCCAAGUAUGUUAUUGACCACGUACGAGGGUGCACGGAAUGGCGGCAAGGAACCGGAAUUUAACUCCAUUUCGUAUCACGGUAAAAUUUCAGACGAUGAAUGGGUCGUCAAAAUCUUCUCCCAAGACAGAAAGUCGGAUGAAUGGCUGCAAAAGGUGUUCCGUGGUCAGGUCGGCUGGAUACACCGCAAGGAGUGGGACGCUUACCCUGUCUUGCCACCUACAACGGCCUUCCCUCCCGUAAAACUAGACGCCGGUUUCUAUUAUGUCAAUGCCUUUGAACCGUUUAUUUCAACGAUGGAAACCGAGACAAUUGCUUCUCGAAAUGUCGUAGACCUCAUGCUGAACGAAGAGUUCAGUUCAAGUAUAUGUGGACCCAAAAUCUCUGCAUCAUCAGAGAGACAGCUCUCCCUAGGCGAAUACUACUUCCCGUCUCACUAUCCUGAUGACUUUGUUUUGGGUUGGGAUUGUUAAAGAUCUGUAUUCUAGUACAGUGUACAUUGGUUGUAAAGUAACACCGGAACUGUUGUGCGGUUAUGAAUUAUACAACAGGUUGGAACGAGCGGAUGAUGCAAUCUAUUUACUUCAAUACUUUUUAAUAUCAUAUCAAAUGAUUG